CGCAUGCGCAUGGACACGCAGCCACGCGAUAACUGUCUGAAAGCAGUGAAUCGUUGUUGAAAUGUUCUCGGCCGGUCUAUGCGUUUUCCGUUAACGUUGGAAAAAAGCGCGAAAAAGCUCCACAAAUUUUUAUCUUUGUACUGAUUUUUUACGACAGCAAUAAAUAGUAUCUUAUUUAAUUGUUAAUAAAAAUGGUUCGUUCAAUGAGAUUGCCUCUUGGUUCGCAAUGUGUCAAAUAUUUGCUCUUCGUGUUCAAUCUACUCUUCGUUAUAACGGGGGUAAUUUUAUUGUCCAGUGGCGUGGUAAUUCGCGGAGUUUACCAAGGCUACCAACAGUUUCUGGACAAUAAGUUCCUAUCAGUGCCAUCGUUCCUCAUCGCGAUUGGGGCAAUUAUUUUCUUCAUCGCCUUUUUCGGAUGUUGCGGCGCCGUCCGUGAAAACUAUUGCAUGAUAAUCACGUUUACCUCUUUGCUGGUCCUUGUUUUCAUUUUGGAGCUCGCAGGUGGUAUUUCUGGAUACGUUUUGAGAGCCAGGGCAUCGACGAUUAUUAAACACAGAAUGAAUGAUAUGAUGGUCGCGUACCCCAAUAAUACAGAAGUAUCGGAAGUUUGGGACGAGAUGCAACGCAAAUUCAACUGUUGCGGAACCGAUAGUCCGUUUGACUGGAAAGACAUUAUCAGUCCUCUUCCUCCUUCGUGCUGCUUACCUGAAGAGGGGAAGCAUACGGAUACGACAAAUUGUACCCUUACAUCACCGACUCUACACCACAAUGGCUGUUACCAGAGUCUCCUGUCUUUAAUCGCGUCUCAUGCUCUACAACUCGGUGGCAUUGGUAUUGGUAUUGCUAUUGUUCAGGCAAUCGGAAUCUGGUUUUCGAGUUACUUGGCACGAUCGAUUAAAAAUAGUUACGAAACCGUGUAAGAUUUUUAAUGAACUUGAAGAUCAUCCACACAUCAAGCAUAAAUAAGUGGAAUGGCGUCGCUCCUAAAAUUUGAAAAGUAAUUGUCCCAAAUCGUGUACAGUUACAAAAUAUUAUACAUCAGGAGUAAUAGGUUUUAUAUCACUAAACAACAGAUAUACGAAACGUGGAUCUUUUAAUCCAUAGAAUACGUUAAAAUGUAUGUAACGUUGAAAUCAUCAGUUUUCCUAAAAUAAAAUAUAAAGGACCCAUGUUUUUUUUCCGUUGGAAAGAGAAGCUGACAAAGAGUUUUCGUUCAGGAGAGUCUCAAUUGAAUAAAUAAUGUAAAAUCUAUUUGUGACGUUUUGUAAGAAAAAUUAUACUCUUUGAAAAAUGUAUAAAAUAUUACAUUACCAUAGUUAUGCCAUUGUCAUUUUUCUCAUUUCCUAUUCAGCAAUAUUUUGUCGUUCGUCUUUAGAAAAGCUAUUCUAACAUAUAUGAAGUUUUUUUGAUGGAUUUCAACAUUUUCAUAAUUAAACUCUUAAGCAAACGUGUAAAAGUAAGAUAAUAUUUUAUUGAUGUACAUUAUUACUAAAGCGUUUCUUAUUUACAAGAUUAAUAUAUCUAUCAGCAUUUAUCAUUUUCAUUCAAAUUUUACAGAAGUCUGUACGUGUUACAGAACAAAAUUUUUAACUAUCAGCUAGUACACAUAUUUUGUAGUAAUUUUCAUUAAAGAUACUCCUCAUCCUGAUCGCAGUCUUCGCUCGUUGUGUGAAAUGAUCGAACAUUUGCCCAUUUUUGUCAGCCGUUUCGAUCCGACUAAAGGUAAUGCAACAAGACUUCUACAUAAAACCAGUAAAACACAUCGAAUUGAGGGAACUUUGUACUCUGCAUGCAAACUAUUGUCUCAUGUGAACGACAACAUUGUAGUGGGAGAAAAUUCUUAAUUUGUAAUACAGUUUACCGCGGUUUGUAAUACUUACCCGUAAUUCAUACUUACCUAUGAAUAAUAAACGUGUGCUGAAUUACCCACACGAUGAUACACGUGAGUCAUAUUCUGUAUGUUUUUCACGCAUGGAUGUAGCAACCGGUCGAUUUGCCAGUGCCGACUAUUUCGAGGCCCCGAGUGGUAGUAAGAUGAUGUCCGUUGAGAAAUAAAUGUUUCAAUAACAUUCUGUAUUUGGUAUAUUAAAGGGAUAUUCCCGUUUGUAGAGAUCGUUUUUCGCCGUUGUUUAAGUUAUUGUUUUUAAAUCUAAUCGUAAUUUAUUUAAUAUUUUAACAAUAUUUAUUUUAACUAAAUGUUUCAUAACUUGAUUAAUACGUUAACGAGUUUACUGAAAUUCUGGAUUUCUAAUUUUACGAUUAAAUUUGAAAGCAAUAAAGUUAGAAAUUCAGAAUUCUAACAAACUUGUUAACUUGUUAACAAAGUUAUAAAAUAUUUAAUGGAAUAUAAUUCGUUUUAUUUAGCUGUCGUCAUAUCUGAAUAAUGAAAGAAUUAAUUCUUAUAUAUAUAUAAUAGAAAAUAGAAGUUAUUAAAAAAUGAUUUCCUCAAACAAGAAUAAUCUCGUAGCACGUUAAAGGUGCGGUUCUAUUUGUUUUGUUUUACAUUCGGGCAAUACAUAAAUUAAAAAAUUGCGCUUGUAUUUAAGCGAAGCAUAACAGAACAAGUCUUUUUUGUUUGGAAUGCUUUAAUGAAAUUCAAUGACAUGAACACAUUUUUAAUAUCAAAUUUGAUACUUUCGGUUUCUAGAGAUCGAUUUUACUGUUUGAUGAUCCUUCAUUAAUUUGAUAAUAAUCAAAUUUAUUAAGAAUUACAAUAUUCUAAGAACGUCGAUGAGAUAUCCUCAACAAUGAAAUGAUUAGAUAAGAUAUUUUUCUGAUAAGUAUCUCGAAAUAAACAAUAUGUGUCUGUAUAAUACAAUAUAAUGUAUAGUAUCAUAUCCUCUAAUUUUCGUAUUAACAAUUCUAUAAAAAUGUAUGAACCUGAAUCAUCAUAUUUUAAGCAUUUAUUAUAAAAAUAGAAACCUAUUUAGAAAGCUAAAAAUG